UCGCCCACCAUGGCUCAACGUGGGGGUCGAUUCCCCGGCCAUAAUCUCUCGAAUCCUUUCGCGCAUCUCUCGCAGCCCAUUCAUCAGCAGCAGCAGCUUCCCCAGCAGCAUCAACAGCAGCAACCGUCGAUGCAGCAACAUCCCGCUUUCGGUGGCGCCAAUCAAGCGCACAACAUCAACCUUUUCGGCUCUCAUCAAAGCAAUUUCCAGUCGAGUGCUGGCUUAGGAGGCCCCGGAUUGGGCGCAGCAGCAGCCCUCGGCGGGGUCAGUGGAGGCACCGGGCUAGACGGACAUGAAGCUCGCAUGCGCUUUGCUCAGGGCGCCCAGCAAGAUGCCGCAAUGGGCCGUGGACAAGAUGGUGCGAAAGGACUCGCCGGUCAGCGUAUACGCGAAGUAUGGAGGUCGAAUCUGCAUCAAGAGAUGGAUCUAUUGCGGUCUUUGGUUGAGCAAUAUCCAUACAUUAGCAUGGAUACUGAAUUCCCGGGUGUCGUCGCCCGACCCAUUGGCGAUUUCACAUCGAAGGCUUCAUACCACUACCAGACCGUACGGUGCAAUGUUGAUCUGUUGAAGAUCAUUCAAUUAGGUGUUACACUGUUCUCUGUUCAAGGCGAGAUUCCCCCUUCACAACUCGACAUCUCACAGUUGAGCUACCAACCGAAGACUGUGCAACAAUACGCCAACAACAUCAUCCCGUGCCCCUGCACUUGGACCUUCAACUUCAAAUUCUCGCUCGAUGAUGAUAUGUACAAUGAAGAGUCGGUCCAGAUGCUGAAGAAAUCUGGAGCAGACUUCGAGAAGCACGCGACACAGGGCAUCGAUACAGAAGAAUUUGGAUCGUUGUUGAUAACGUCUGGCAUGAUCCUUACGGACGACGUAAACUGGAUAUCAUUCCACUCUGGCUACGAUUUCGCCUACCUGAUCAAGAUGCUCACCAGCAAACCCCUCCCCGAAGACGAAGAAGCCUACCGCAAACUUGUCGAGAUCUUCUUCCCCCGUCUCCUAGAUGUCAAGUACAUAUGGCGUCACGCGAACGGCAUGCUACGUCGUGGAGCCAUUGGCCAACAAGCGCACAACAUACUCCAGAACCUAGGCGCGAAAUCCGGUCUCCAAGACCUCGCCGACGAGCUUGGCUGCCAAAGAGUCGGCACAUCGCACACAGCCGGCUCUGACGCAUGGCUCACAGGCGUCGCCUUCUGGGAACUUCAAAAACGUGUCUUCAACGGGUCCGUCCCCGCAGAAGUCAACGGCCAGAUGUGGGGUCUCACGGGCGUCGGCCCUCCAGCCAGCGCUUCUGCUCAAGCUGCCGCACUCGCUGCCCAGGGUGCACCCAACGUCCCCAGUGGUUACCAGGGUCUCAACAACGGCAUGAUGUUCCACCCUGCGUCCCACCGCGACGGCCCAAGUACACCAACGAGUCACCCUGCCGGUCUCGCGUCCACGCCUGGGCCGUCCCACGGCGGCAUAAUGACGCCUGGCGGUGCUGGCGGCACGUUUGGAGAAUUCAGGUAUGGUGCGAAGUAGACUUCCGCUCCCGGCCGCAGUCCUAAACAUACUUGGCGUUGGUUUGCAUCGUCCUGAGUGCAACACGGAGAAGAGAUCACGGAAACUCGAACUGUUAUUUCAUUCCUCCCUGCACCACCAGAGCAGAACCUUGGAGUAUUGGUUUCUUUUUGGUCGUAUGCUCCCUGGGUCUGCUUUCCUGGCCGUGGACACUUGCUUUACUCGGCCCCUUAUAGCUUAUCAACUGGGCGUUUGUCUGGGUUGGUGUUUUUUUUUUCGCAAGGGUGGGUGGUUUUCUUUACGAUGCUAGCAUUAUCAAACGGCGUUGUUAAUGUCCUUCCUCUCUUUCGUAAUUCUACU